AUGAAUCUGGGACGCCAUGAUGUAUAUAACAUCCACAACUUCCUCCAUUGGCUAGCUAGACUCUGGACCCGACUAAGACAGACGGUUAAGAUCAAUCUACAUAUUCAGCCAUUCUCUUUGAUCGGGCUUGUAAUCUUUGGAGGAUUUAUAGUUUGUAUAGUGGUAAGUUGUAUAUCAAAUAUGGUAACGCGGUUAUAAAAAGAAUUUAAAUAUGAUGACUAAGAAACCUACCGUACCCUCCCACCAAUAUGUUUAUUAUUUACUCGUUGUUGGAAGAAGACGGACAAGCAAAAAAGAAAGAGUAUCAUCCCGGACGAGUAUCAUACUCUCUUGGGAUUAUUUCAUGACAUUCGAAGAGAGAAAGGCCUCCCUUUACUUUUUCGGACGUUCCUUUACGGGUUAUUGGGGGGAAAAGUCUUUUAUUUGGGGCGAGAAUAUUCCCCAUGCAUUGUUUCCAGACAUGCAUGCCCUUGAUAUGUUGUUGUAAUCGGAAGACCCGGAAGAACAGCAAACGAUUAACAACCAGUCGCGUAAGUGCUACAGCCAGUACACGCCAAUCCAGCGUAGUUGAAUCUAUUUCCUGACCACGAUUUAUUAUGCGCGUUUCGUCGCAAAUAGAAUUUUGGAGAAAAAACGGCUGCUUUUUCAUACCUAGCCGGAACAAAAUCAUGCUUUCUGGGUACAAAAUAACGUUUUAAACUUUCCUUGAUUUUUUGAGACUAAUUUCGAUCUUCAAAAAUUCUUCCGAAAGAAUUUUCAUAUCUAACGAACAGGGGAAGUACCCCAAGUGCGACGUUCAAAUUUGGAUGAAACUGGCACAAUUUAGAAUAAACUUUUCUAAAAUAUAUGCGAGGAUCCUAGCUCGCGCUUUGCAGAAAUAACUUUUUUUGGCACGAAAAGUGUCAUGCCAAUUUCUACCAUACAGGGUCAUUAUCCGGUCAUCAAUUUUUUCCGCACGAAACUAGAGAAGUUAUGGCCAAAAGUGUUUUUCUCUCUGGCCGCUCUCCACGUUUAGCGUACUCUCUCGGCGGCAAAGAUAUCUCGGCGGAGCUUGGAAAGCGCGAACAAAAAAUUUCAGAAAUUAAUAUUUGGUCUAUGCCCGCAAAAUUUAAAUAAAAUCUGAACGUCGCACUUGGGGUACUUCCCUUGUAAGUAAAACAUUUUAGUCCACUGAUAUUGUGUGGACGAAAUGUCUAACGGCGCUGGAUUGACGUGCGAUUGAUUUGUAGAGUAAGCAGGCUGUCAAUCGUACAAGAGAAGAAGAAAUACAAACGCCAUUGGUCAACACAUGUCCGGAUGAGAAUAAAGAGGUAAGAUUUCAACACUGAAGUUGUUGGGGGGAGUUUUAAAAAACAAACCGAAAUUUCUUUGUCGAUAAUCGUAUUACGUCGCACGGCCUAGAUUCUAAUGCUUUCCGCAGCAAUUCCAAGUCAAUAAAGAUUUAAUUUCAGCCCCAGCAACUCGAACAGCACCUUUCACGUGAGCUCUUUCUUCGAAAACAUAAUAUUCGACCAGCAGAUGAGAGUCCGCCACCUCCCAGGAGAUCCACAGGAGGCCGCACUCUGAUCGUUCCCUUAAAUGGAUCCAGUUAUAGAUUGAGUAGGUUAUAAUAAUAUUAUCGUCUGAUUGUUAAGUCGGCGUCAAAACAAAACUUGCAGAUCGUUCUCAGGGAACUCCCUUGUUAGGAACCCCGGAUAGUAGAGUUACGUCAUUCGAGGCUGGAACAACUAAAAGUUGCGCAACAAUUCCAGAGGACGAUGAAUUAGAAUUAGACGAAGAUAUAUAUGUAUAUAACAAUAACCGAAACAGCAAUCCCCCCGAAUGUGACCUCAUCUCCAUUGACAGGGUAGGGUCUCUAAAAAUCGUUUAAUUUUAAUUUUACAUGUGUAAAGCCAAUAUUUACAGACGUAUGUUUCUACACGCGACAGUCGUUCCCUUGUGAAUAGAACCCGCAAUUACUCAGUGCUAGCCGAUCCACUACCUCAACCUUUAUAUAAAGUAAGGAACUGGAGACAUUAAGUGUAUCUUUUAGCUAAACCCUCCUCCAUAUACACCUCCAGAGCCCCCUCCUCCUCCGGACACCGCACAUUCUACUCCUGCCAGAAGGUCUAACAUAACAAGUCACCAUAUUACAACAACAUUAGGUCAAUCGAAUCUCUCAAGGUGAGUGUAAACAUGUUCCAACCGACAUUUGUAGUCCGGAUGCAUCAAGUUUGGGAUUCGGAUCAAUCAUGGAAACAACGGGAUCAGGAAGUUAUGCAAUUACAAUGGAAAGCGAAGAUAGAGCCAGAAUAUAUUACGAGAAAGGAGAGAAGAACUACAUCACCGAACUGGACGAGAGCUCAGCCGAUACCAACUUCCGAAACGCAGUUUUGCAUCGGUAAGUGAGGGAUAGAGCAGCAUUUGUGUUGAUAUAAACAUUUGAUUUAACUUUUGCAGGAUCGAAGAAGAGGAGUCCAACUUCGAGGAUCCAUCGUCUAUCGGUCGUUUCCUGGGUUCGCCCUCAGGGUCUGGCCUGUCGAAUAAAUAUAAUCAGACCAAUCUGAUGGGGUCUUUUCAUCGAAUUCCUCGUUCCAUUUCUCAACAAUUAGAACUUAUGAAUGGAACCCGGUUAAACAGCUAA